AAAGAGCUGGACGAGGUUGUACAGACAUGGAAUGCACAUAUAAUCAGACCAGCUCCAUCCAGGGGGGAGUCUGGAGGUUGGCCAGUCCUACUCUACACAGCCCCGCAGAUUUAUGGUCGGGAGGACAGACUGAAGUUGUUUGAUCAAGAGGAGGUUGAUCUUUGUAAGGAGGAGUGCACACCCAAGGGUCAAUUGCCUUGCGAUGAAACUGUCUAUGAUCUAUCAGUUUUGCUGAUGCAGGAAAAUGGAUGGAACACUCCUAAAGAUGCAUUUGAAGCUGCUGAACUUCACAUGCUGUUACGAGAGGAGAUAAAAAAUAAUCUUUGA